AUGCCUCGAACAUUCGAAGAGGAGUGCGGGUUCAUCAAUCGUCUCACGGAGACCAAAUUCCAAAUUGUCAAAGGAUUCGUGCCGAAUAUGAAUGUAGAGGGGCGGUUCUAUGUGAAUAGUCGACUCGAACAGCUCAUGUUCGAUGAAUUGAAGUUCUCGUGUGAUGGACAGGGAAUCGGUGGAUUCUUGCCGGCUGUCAGGCAAAUUGCCAACGUGGCAUCGCUGCCGGGGAUUGUGGGACACUCGAUCGGUCUGCCUGACAUCCACUCUGGCUACGGUUUCUCUAUCGGCAACAUUGCCGCAUUCGACGUCGGCAAUCCAGAAGCCGUCAUCUCCCCAGGAGGCGUCGGAUUCGAUAUCAACUGUGGAGUACGUCUUCUGCGAACGAAUCUCUUCGAAGAAGACGUGAAACCGGUGAAAGAGCAACUCACUCAAUCGCUUUUCGAUCAUAUUCCGGUUGGAGUCGGGUCCCGAGGAGCGAUUCCAAUGCUAGCGUCGGAUUUAGUAGAAUGUUUAGAGAUGGGAAUGGAUUGGACACUACGAGAGGGUUAUUCAUGGGCAGAGGAUAAGGAACACUGUGAGGAGUACGGUAGAAUGUUGCAAGCCGACGCGUCGAAAGUUUCGAUGAGAGCCAAGAAGCGGGGAUUGCCACAGUUGGGAACCCUGGGAGCCGGAAAUCAUUAUGCGGAAAUUCAAGUGGUUGAUGAGAUUUAUGAUAAGCAUGCUGCCAGUACAAUGGGAAUUGAUCAGGAGGGACAGGUGGGCAAAAACUACUUUGCCGGAAUGGCAGCCGCUGCGAAUUUCGCUUGGGUCAACCGCUCGUGCAUCACAUUCUGUGUCCGUAACGCCUUCCAAAAAACCUUUGGAAUGUCGGCAGACGAUAUGGAUAUGCAAGUGAUUUAUGAUGUAUCUCAUAAUGUUGCAAAAAUGGAGGAGCAUAUGGUUGAUGGGCGGCCGAGGAAGCUUUGUGUUCAUCGGAAAGGAGCGACAAGGGCGUUCCCGGCACACCAUCCACUGAUUCCCGUGGAUUAUCAGCUGAUUGGACAGCCAGUGUUGAUUGGUGGAAGUAUGGGAACGUGUAGUUAUGUGCUAACUGGAACUGAGCAGGGAAUGGUGGAGACGUUUGGGACCACGUGUCAUGGAGCGGGUCGCGCUCUCUCCCGUGCCAAAUCUCGUCGUACAAUCACUUGGGAUUCGGUGAUUGACGAUCUCAAAAAGAAGGAAAUUUCCAUCAGAAUCGCCUCACCCAAACUGAUCAUGGAAGAAGCGCCAGAAUCGUAUAAGAAUGUCACUGAUGUCGUCGACACGUGUCACUCGGCUGGUAUCAGUAAUAAGGCUGUCAAAUUGAGACCCAUUGCUGUUAUUAAGGGAUAA